AUGUCGGAAAAGUCAUCAAUCUUCAGCGCCGCUCCUCAGGAGUAUGAACAUCCCCUUCCCGCCUACGGAGAAAUUACAAGCAAGCCUGGCUACACUUACGGCGGGAGUGGUACCCACACAAGCGGUAGGCCCAUUCUCUUCCCUCGGGAGUGCGUCUUCUUCUAUCGCAUGCCACACUCGCACUCUCAUCUCGGCGUGAAUAAAAAUGAGCCACUCUUCCUUGUGCGACCGCCCCGUUUCUCCAUGGGCUCGGGUGACAUUAUCCUCCUGAAUGGAACUGAUAAGCUCGACACCCCUCCUGCCUCAGUCGGCGCUCUAAAGCUCAAGAGCACCAAAGCCUGCGCCGCCGAGCUUCGACUCAAGCCGCGUCCCGGCGGCUCAUUCACUCAGUCGUUGGAGAUCAAUCUGACCGUGGGGAUCCAGAACAAGUAUCAAUUCGUCGCCCCUGUCGGUCCUAAUGGUCAGCAUGAGACCUUUGAGUGGCGUCAGAGCACAGGCGAGCUGGUGCGCGACCUCGCCGGCGGCUUCCAGUACGGCAUGAAGCUUGUCCGCCUUGACGGCGUAACGGGAGACGCCAGCAGUGAUGGGAAGGUGACUGUCGUCACAGGCGAUGACAAGCCCAUUGUGGCGAUCUUUGCUGCCGUGCGUCCACAAUGCACUAGUGCCAAGUUCCGCUUUGUGAACGAGGGAGCCACGGGCGAGUUGGGAGAGGUGUUUGAGCUUGCUGCUAUGAUUAGCUUUAUGCGUUUAUUUGAGUUGCAGCUGUCUCAGGGUGGUGUCGCUAUCGGUCCUGGUAGCUCAUGA